AUGACUUAUGAAAAGCGAGAGGUGUACGAUGGAUUCCUGCCUGUGGUGCAGCAUAUUUCCUAUAUACAAGCUGCUGGGAUAUUUUCAGGCAAGAUGGAGUUACUUGAUAGUCUUGAGCUAGUCGAGAGGUAUGCAACUGCAUCUGUGCAUAGCACGUUCCGAGACCGAAUGCGCCAUUAUGAUUAUUUGAGCGACGUGGAGUUCAAAAUAGAUUAUCGCUUCACCCGCCCCGUUUUCAAUAACAUUUGCCAAAUGGCGCAGGACGAUCUGCAACGACAGCAAGGAAGGGUGUUUGAUCUGUCGCUGGCAGAUCAAGUUUCCACUAGCAUACACCUGCUUGGAAGAAACGUAAUGCAAAGCGAUGCGGCAAGAAUUGCCGGGUGCCACCAGACCCCUGUGGGAGACGCUUUGUUUGGAUUUGUGAGGGCCUUGAAUAGAAGGGCAGGCCAAUUCAUAUUUUGGCCUCGAGCAGAAGAGAAGAUUGAAAUUAGACGCAAAUUUUACACCAAGUUUGGCAUUCCGCGUGUGACUGGUGUCAUUGACGGCACUCACUGCCGAAUACAGCGGCCCACCGAAGGAGAAGAAGACUAUGUGAAUCGAAAGGGGUACCACAGUCUUAAUGUAGGCGUUGUGGUCGAUUUUGAUAUGCGAAUUAGGGGGGUAAACUCGAAAUGGCCGGGAUCAGCACACGACUCUCGGGUAUUCAGAACGUCAAUUUUGUACGACCAGUUGAAGAAGGGUGAGCUUCAAGGAGUUCUCUUGGGGGAUUCGUCAUAUGGUUUAGAGACGCUUCUGCUCAAGAUACUAGACUCUACGAAAAACCCGAAAAGUAUUCAGUAA